UCCAGGAUGAUGGAACCUUCCUCCUGUGAUACUUUUGUGGCUCUGCCCCCAGCCACACUUGGCAACAGGAUCAUCUUUGGAAAAAACUCGGACCGGCCCUCUGAUGAAGUCCAGGAGAUCGUGUAUUUCCCUGCUUCCCAUCAUGAGCCAGGAGAAAAGGUCGAGUGCACCUAUAUAGAACUAGAACAAGUGCCAGAAACAUACGCAGUUGUCCUGAGUCGCCCAUCAUGGCUAUGGGGUGCUGAGAUGGGAGCCAAUGAGCAUGGGGUUUGCAUUGGAAACGAAGCAGUGUGGGGGAGAGAAGAAAUCGGUGAUGAUGAAGCGCUCCUGGGCAUGGAUCUCGUCAGACUUGGACUUGAAAGAGCUGACACUGCUGAGAAAGCUGUCGGCAUCAUGGUUGACUUGUUGGAAAAGUACGGCCAAGGUGGGAACUGUAUGGAGAGCCACAUGGCGUUUACCUACCAUAAUAGUUUCCUGAUCGCCGACAGAAAGGAAGCCUGGGUGCUGGAAACCUCUGAAAAGCACUGGGCAGCAGAGCAUGUGAAAGAGGGAGUGCGGAACAUUUCCAAUCAGCUGUCCAUAACCAAGGUUGAUCGUGGCCAUCCAGAAAUAAAGGAUUAUGCUAGGAGCAGAGGAUGGUGGGAUGGCGAGAAAGAGUUCGAUUUUGCCGCCACGUAUUCCUACGUCAAUACUGCCAGAAUGACUGCAACGAGAGGCAGAUACUGCGAAGGCUAUAAGCUGCUGAAGAAACACGAAGGCAGGAUAAGUGCCGAAACAAUGAUGAGUAUUCUUCGGGACAAGGAGAGUGGUAUUAACAUGGAAGGAGGCUUUAUGACCACUGGAAGCAUGGUUUCUGUACUCCCGCAGGAUCUCAGCCUCCCUUGCAUUCAUUUCUUUACUGGAACCCCGGACCCUGACAGAUCGGUCUUUAAACCUUUCAUAUUCGUGCCAAAUAUUACUCAGCUGCUAAGAACCAGUUCCCCAGUGUUUGGUCCUGAGGAUCCAGUUAAAAAGAAGCCGCGUUUUCAGUCUAAGCCAGACAGAAGGCACGAACUCUACAAAAAACACGAAAGCGUGGCUGUCCUGAUGGAAACUUCCAAGGAAAAGGGCAACGAAGUGCUGAAGCAGAUUCGAAAUUUAGAGAAGGAGAAGAUUAAUGAAAUGGAGCAUAUUUUGCAGAGCGGAUGCUUCGACGUUGACCAAGCAGUUCACCUUUUCUCAAAGUGCGUAGAAGAAGAAAUCCAUGAAUAUAUGCCUAAGGAUUAAAGAUCUGCCCUUGUAGAAUUUGGUACUGUUUGCACUUAAUCUGU